AUGUUAUGGCAGAACCCCCGCCAGAUAGCUAUCACCCCCCCACCUGGUGCGCCCUUAAUUGAAUCUACACGACCGCACGAAGAUUCGAUGGAAGAUUUUGAUCCCCAGGCGACUCGGAAACGUCCGCGCCUUGACAGUGGAAGCCGCGUGGGAGAGUCUCUAUCCAUUGACGCCUGCGCGACGCCUUCCGCACCUGCCUCCGAGAUGGAUGUCACCCCGGAUUCCGCUCGCUCCAGCAAAAAACAUCCGAAAAUCCAUCCGAACUUCCUCUUACCACCUCACAACCCCCCCACUCCAACUCCGAACUUAGAUAACCCCGAAUCGACAACUCCCUCCAAACCGAUCUCCCUAUCCUCCUCCUCACCUUCCCAAAGUCCCGAAAUUCAGGUCGCAGAGCUGGAGGAUAUGGAUCAGGACCCAAACACGUCCAACUGGAAGCCGCUGCAAGGAGCAGUGCGCGACCAGGUGGCCGAAGACGUGAUUGAGGUCAAGGAUACAUCUCCGUUGGUCGAUGGCUUCCCAAAGUUUCGUGAUGAUCUAAGUGCGAGAGACAAUUUACAGAAGAUAAUCAUGAUGGUUGAACAGCAUAACUCCCGCGAGGCUAAAGUGUUGUCCGUGCUGAAGGUCUGGUUCGACGACUGUGCGCGCAACACCGAUCGAUUGACGCCUGAAGCUUUUAUGGAAGAUCUUGAGUUCUGGGAACAUCUGCCUCGUUUGAUAGAGAUUUUGAUGCGCAGGAAUCAAGAGUUACCUCUGAAUGAAGGUAAAGGCAUGUGGAUGUGCCUCGAGGAAUUCCUUUCGGAUUACAUAAAGAUCACUCUACAUCUGAUUUGCAUGGAUACAUUGACCCUGCGCUACCUGUCUACUGAGCCGGACCUCCAGUUGCCAGAUAGUAUGUCUCGAAACUACCUAUGUUCGCUCGCGUGGGUCUUGCAGUCAUCGUCCAUUCCACUGUACCGUGCUCUGGAGCAUCUUUAUGGUGACGACUUGACUGAAUUUUUGAUUCGACUCCGGGAAAAGGCUAUUGCUAUGGAGGUUUGCCAGAUCAUAGCCGAAUUCGCUUCGGUACUCGCCGAGAAUGCUACGAAAUGCUCGACCUGGAUCAAUUCCUUACCCCCACUGUUUCUUACGAUCAAUUGCAUUCUGGACGGUUCUCUGGAGUGGAGACAAAACACAAAUGGAGAAGCAGGUACCGAUGCGCCUGCUGAGUCGCCUCAUGUCAACGUACUCUACGAGACUAUCUGCUUGAUUGACAAGAAGUACCAAGAAUGGAUCACCAAAAAGGCCUCCUGGUUGACGAGCGAGCUGAGUGAGCAGAUCUUACGUCAGAUAAAUCGCAGCUUUAGUCACCUCUCUAUGCGCGACAACAAGUUUGUACAUCAGCUAUCGAAGUCGCUAUGCAUUGAGAUUCCUGAUGGUACGGACCCAAAAGAUUCAUUCCACAUCAUCUCAUGGGGCUGGAAAUUCCGAAUCCUGAAAAAGGAAAUCAUGGAAGGCCGCAUGGAACUUCGAGCACACGGCGUUGAGACGAUGCAAUCUGAAUUGGUUGUUGUCUGGCGGCAGCACCUGUCCACAGACCCGGAAGCUUUGUCACUGCCCUUCAUUCAAUAUCUUAUCCGCUUCAUCCAGGGAAACAAGAUACUAGAUUAUCUUGUUGGUGUGGACUCUCAUCCGCAAUUAAUAAGUCGCAGUAGUAAUAUCGUUGGGUUCCUGAUCGCGACAUCAACAUACACGACCAAGGAAAUAGAUCUCAUCUGGAAGACCGUGACAGAGAGUCAAGACAGUCGAAUCGUUGCGGAAGUUUUGUCUAUGCUCACUCGCGUCUCUUGGAUGCUUCAGAGUACCUCACCGGAGCUUCUUUACACUUGUGCAAAGGUCUUGGAACUCCCAUUGGAUCGAUUCGAUACCCGUGUCAUUGACUUCUGCGAUAAUUUCAUCGGUCGCCUGUCCGAAAAGCCGAAGGAUCAUAUGGGCGAUGUGCAUGUGGAUACAAUCCCUUUGCGACUUUGUGUACGCCUGAUUCGAGAGAGCACUGCGGCACAAGAUAUCUCAGUUGAACACAAGAAACAGUUGCAGAGUUUUGGUAGCAAACACCUUGAAGGAUUUAUCAAGGCUGGUAUCAGCGACAAAGACAGAAUGGAGCUGUAUGAGCAGUGUAUCCAAGACAUUGCCGACAUGAAUCAGUUUACUGCCGGAAGCAUUCAGGUCCUCAGCGCUCUCGUUCCCAACCAAGGUUCACACGAGAUGAGAAAGUUGGCGGAAGAUUUUGACCUGACUCGCCUCGUCAUUAAUGAUCUUCUCCACGCUGUGAACAGCGAGAAUGUUGAUUUUGGUGAUGGCUUCUCCCACCACGGCCUGAUUUCACGAAUUGCAAUCUUAUUCCGCCUCAUCGAUAUGGUCCCUGACACAAUAUCUCCUGCUCUUGGGAAGGCUUAUUGGACAGAGAUUCUUCUAUCCAAAAAGUUAGGGUAUGAUGGAUACAAAGCAGCCUGGAGAAUGAUGGUGAAUGCUUUGAGCCGCAGUUCUGAAACAAACCCAUUUCUAGAGCGAUGCAUUCAUGAGUAUUUGCCUGAGCUGUCACCGGAGGAUUACACCCCUGAGAUCCUUUCAUUCGCAAAGCAGUCAAUCACAUAUGACGUGCGAUUUAAUCCGCCCCGAUCUCCCGCAAAUGAGGGUGAAGUCAUCACAAUUCCCGGGAUGGAACGCAUCUGGAAAUUCAUCUUGACAGCCAACUCUGGUACAAUUGAAACUGAGGCUACUAAAUUUGCCAUUGAGGUUUACUUGGAUCAUCCGAUUAUUCGUUCCUCACCGCGUCCUGUCGUUGAAGCCACUCACGUUGCAAUUGUCAAUCGCUGCAUUGAUCAGCUCAAGUCUACGGCUCCCGCUCUGAGAGCGUCUGACAGCACAGAUGAUACGCCUAUGCAGAAUGGACCCCAAUCUGUUGAUACGAGUGCAGAUGAGCUCAAAUUCAGGCGCUCUCUACUCUUCCUUCGUCAGUUUCUCUACGGUCUGCGAACUCGCCCUCACUACAGCCCUCCAAGAGGAUCUCCACCUACCCUCCCAGACCGUCCAUUGAAGGGUGAGCCUAUCGAUGUAUCUUGGCAAUCCUUCCAUGGUAGUUCCCAUUCAACCGUCAAUACAUUGCGAAUUGGGGAUAUUUCUACUGCGGGGGAAUUUGUGGAAAGACUCAGCCGGCUUACUGGAUUUUCAAAAUUCACCACGAUUUGGGGAGGCCAGCGCAUCGAUCUCUUGAAAGACCCGGAAGCUCUAUUGAAAGACAUCAAAGUCCCCGGAUUACUUAUUCUCCGCAAGGCAGCGGAUGCUCAAGAGGUUUUCCGCGACAGCAAACGCCAAUCCUUGACUCCAGUUGACAGCGAAGUUCAUCAACAUUUGGAUGAAAUUUACGAACUAUUAUCCCUCAAGGAUGAGGUGGCUCAAGAGAUAUAUGAUUUCUUGCUUGUGUUCCCACCUCAGCAGCAGAUCUUGGACUUUAUCAGAUCGGAAGACAGCGAUGAAAAGACACUUUUCCCUCUGGAAAAACCUUUUGUCGCCUUUUAUUCAUUCAGCGCCCUUUUGACAAGCAUGCGUGAGCAACUGAGUGAGCCCGACCCUCAGCAGAGAUUUAUUGUGCACAGCAUUGAAAUGCUGGAGGCGUUCCUGAUGAAUAAUGAACUCAUUGUGGAUACUCCUGCCAACACGCGUGAUGAUAUUCGCCUUUGCCUUACCAUGACUUCAAUGGAAUGUCUCCUAUGUGCUCUUGGUGUCUAUGUCCCCAAAAACGAGGAAUCUGUCUUAUUCAAGAAUGCAGAUUCCUUUGCUGACAAAAUUCUGAGCCUUAUUGGAGUCGCCUGUUCCGUGAAACCAAAGUCUUUCAUCGCCGUCACCGUCCAGAAGUUGAUAUGCUGUUUAUUUGCAGUAACCAUUGAGGGCUCAAUUCGAGACUACAAGUUCUGGGAAGCAAUCAAGCAACGCGCUCAAUUUGAUCAACUCAUGCAAGAAUUACUUCUUAAGGAAAAUCGACAGGUAGUCCGAAAUGAGGUUUCGGAGAGAAUCAAGAUGAUCGCCAGCCCCUCCAAAUUUAUGAAGCAAGCAACUAAAUUUGCCGGUGAUGGGCUGCAGCCGCCAAGCCCUAAAGAGAGCCCUGUCCGUAUUGACAUGCUUGCAACGAUCUGGAGUGCAUUGGUCCAGGUUAUUCCACAGUCGCUUGACUACGCCAGUCAGUCCUCCGAAUUUUUCAAGGUUGUUGUCUGGGUUUUCCGUAUUGUUGCCGAGAAGUCUCCUCGGGAUGUCAUUCUCAGUCAGUACCUCAAAGACUGGAGUGAAGUGAUGUUCCGCCACCAGAGCGACCAGUUCGUUGGUCGCGAGACCGUCGACGACUUGGUUUUGGGGUUUGCUGUCAUGCUAGAGGUUUGUCUUGAGCUGGCAGACGCGGCGAAUAUCGAGCUGGAUACCUUUGAUCUCGCAGAGCAAAUUCUUAGGAUUCACCUCUUCCCUGAAUUGUCAAUGGAGUCAAUCGAUGGCCCAAUCAUCCCGCGCAUUCCUGUCUUGCACUCGUUGACCCGCCAAAGGUUGUACAAUGUCGUGAAUCUCCUGUGCAAGCGCAGCAACGACAAUCUUAACCUCACGAUGAGGCAACUGGAGGAUGUGGUCCCACGAGACGUUUCAUAUGGCCCCAAUUCAAGUUAUGAUAGGUCGAAGAUGAUUCGAGCUCCAGAGGGAUACGCGGGCCUGAAAAACCUUUCAAACACCUGCUAUCUGAACUCUUUGAUGACACAACUGUUCAUGAAUGUAGAAUUCCGAGACUUCAUGCUCCAGCUUGACCUCGUGGAUCCCGACUCAUCUCAGAGACUUUUGGACGAAACACAAAAGCUUUUCGCUUGGAUGCAAGACACCUGGACCAAAAGCGUUGACCCACACCCCUUCGUUGAAAGUAUUCGUACCUAUGACAAUGAAGCGAUCGAUGUUACCGUUCAAAUGGACGUUGAUGAAUUCUACAAUCUCCUUUUCGAUCGUUGGGAGGCCCAAGUUGGUGAUUCAAUUGACAAGAAGAAGUUCCGAUCCUUCUAUGGAGGUCAAUUGGUUCAACAGAUCAAGUCGAAAGAGUGCUCACAUAUCUCUGAGCGAUUGGAGCCCUUUUCUGCCAUUCAGUGCGAUAUUAAGGGCAAAGCAUGCCUCGAGGAGAGCCUGCAGGCAUACGUGGAGGGCGAAAUAAUGCAAGGUGACAAUAAGUACUCUUGCACAGCCUGUAACCGUCACGUUGAUGCCGUCAAGCGAGCCUGCUUGAAAGAUGUCCCUGACAAUCUCAUCUUCCAUCUCAAGAGAUUUGAUUUCGACAUGGUCACCAUGACGAGGAGCAAGAUCAAUGACGAGUUCCAGUUCCCUGAACGCAUUGAUAUGACACCUUACAAGGUUGAGUUUCUCUCUGACCCGGAAGCACUUGUUGAGCCGGAUAUCUUUGAGCUGGUCGGUGUUCUAGUUCAUACUGGAACAGCAGAAUCUGGCCACUACUACUCGUACACUCGCGAACGGCCUGCGGCAGGAUCCCAGUCAUCUUGGGUUGAGUUCAAUGACUCCGACGUGAGCCGUUUUGAUGCUUCUACAAUUGCCGAACAAUGCUUCGGAGGCCAAACUGAAUCGAUGCACUCCAUGGGUGGAGUCCAUGUUAACAAAGUCUGGAAUGCCUACAUGCUAUUCUAUCAGCGGGUGUCGGUCGUGGAUGAAUCGAAACAGAAUCGUCAACCAUUGACUCCAGGUCGUCCAGCACGAAUUCCCGUGCCAACUGAAUUUGCGAACCACAUUGCCAUGGACAAUGAGUUGUUCCUUCGGACUUAUUGCCUUCUUGAUCCAUAUUACACCAUUUUGGUCAACACGUUGCUUGAGAGGUUACGGGCUGCAGGUUCCGAGUAUGCUCAUCGAUCAGAUCUGGAGGUGCUGGCAAUGGAAGUUGGGCUUGAUACCUUUGAGCAAUUGAUCGCGCGAACAAAGGAAUACCACUGGUCGGAUUCCAUUUUUACCGAGCUCUUCAAAUUGCUUAGCCGCAACCCUCAAGCUGCUCUGCAAACGCUGAAAUGGGUGUCGGAUCGGUCCACAUCACUUAACAAUAUCAUUUUGCGAACUUCGAAUAGCGAUAUUCGACAGAAGGGCAUCAUGCUUAUCACAAGUUCUGUCAAACGCCUCCGAACAGCUCUAAGAGACGACUCUGGUCUGGAUGAAACUGAGCGCAACUACUUGAAAGUUCAAACAGAACGUCAUCUUCAACAGGUUGUCUCUAUGAUCCAGACCUUGUGGCCCUCGCUCCACGCCGUUCCACGCGCUUGGGAUGACUAUUUUGACUUCAUUGUUAAACUCGCUGAGUGCGGCACAGAGGUAAUUGGCAUACUUCUUGAGAAUUGCAUAUUCGCUCGAUGCAUGGAGAUCAUUUGGCUCGACCACGAAGACAAGAUGAGAUUGAGAAAUUCUUAUCCCAGCUACACCAGGUUGUUGGAGAAGGGCCGUCGAUUUGGCUAUGCCAACAUGAUGACUUUGGUGUCUAUCUUUUUCAAGAACAUUGAUCUCUCUCUCCCUCCCGUUCCAGACACCAGAGCUCGACAAGUCUCGUCUGACGGCAUGUUUGCUCCGAGUCAGACCGAAAGCAAGUAUGCACUGGCCGUGGAGGAGGAUGGAGGCUCUGGAUUCUUGAUGAAGAUGCUUCAGCAUGAGCAGUACAGCGCUCACGCAUCGUGCUUUGAUGUCUUUGCGACAUUCAUGUCAGCAGAGCCUGGUGCCCGGUUCCUAGACCGUAUUGUCAAGACUUUGGAGAUCGGCUUGCGCCUGUCGCCCGCUGACAUGUGUGCCCCGUUCCUCAGUGCAGCCGUUGUAUACUGCAGAUUUUCACCAGAUGAAGCGGAGGUCAUGAACAUGAUUGACUUCGUUGCAAAAGGUGUGGACUCGAUUAAUAACAGUGGAGGCGCAGAACAUCUCGAAUUUUUCAAACAACUUUGCAGUUCGGAUUCGGUCAAUGAGCGAUUGAACCUCGGUCCUGAGUGGUUCUCGAUCGUCACUCUACAAAAAUUGCCAGACUUUGUUCCGACUUUGCUCAUUGAUACUGAUAAAGUGGUUCGCCACGAGACCAUCGAUAUUGCCAACAGACUUCUCUUUUCUGGUGAUAGCGAUGACGAACUGGCUGAGAAUCCCAAUUCUCCACGCAUUCUCAUUGGCAAGACGCUGGCCAAAGCCUGUGUAGAGAGGGUCAACAGAUCCUUCCUCAGUGGGCAGAUUGCAAACGUUCCCUCUCGACUGGUCUAUCCCAUCUCAUCGACGAUUACUCAUUGCCUGGAAAAUUAUUUCGAAUCCAGCAAUGAAGAAGACGAGGCUUUCAUUAUUCAGGCCAACGAUUCUCUAAAUUUACUCGAACAGAUUGCAACUGACGUUCCGGACGAUCUCGUUUCAGAAUCCGAUAUGCCCUCGCCUGAAGAAUGGGAAGCUACAUCUGCCUUAGCCAGUGACUCUGAGAUGGGCCUCGUUGGAUCCCCUUAA